GCGGCGGAGCCCACCGCCCGGGCCCCGAUGAGUAACUCCCGGAAUAACCGGGUGAUGGUGGAAGGGGUCGGGGCCCGGGUAGUGCGCGGCCCGGACUGGAAGUGGGGGAAGCAGGACGGCGGCGAGGGCCAUGUGGGCACGGUCCGGAGCUUCGAGAGCCCCGAGGAGGUGGUAGUGGUGUGGGACAACGGCACCGCCGCCAACUACCGCUGCUCCGGGGCCUACGACCUGCGCAUCCUGGACAGCGCGCCCACGGGCAUCAAGCAUGAUGGAACCAUGUGUGAUACCUGCCGCCAGCAACCAAUCAUUGGCAUUCGAUGGAAAUGUGCAGAAUGUACAAAUUAUGAUUUGUGCACUGUUUGUUAUCAUGGAGAUAAACAUCAUUUAAGACAUCGCUUUUAUAGAAUUACUACACCAGGAAGUGAGCGGGUUCUUUUAGAGUCUCGUAGAAAAUCUAAGAAGAUUACAGCCAGAGGGAUCUUUGCAGGUGCCAGAGUGGUACGAGGAGUGGACUGGCAAUGGGAAGAUCAGGAUGGAGGAAAUGGACGAAGGGGAAAGGUAACAGAAAUCCAGGACUGGAGUGCAUCAAGCCCUCAUAGUGCAGCAUAUGUUCUCUGGGAUAAUGGUGCUAAGAACCUUUACAGAGUUGGCUUUGAGGGCAUGUCUGAUCUCAAGUGUGUCCAGGAUGCCAAGGGAGGUUCUUUCUACAGAGAUCACUGCCCUGUGCUAGGCGAGCAAAAUGGCAAUAGGAAUCCUGGUGGAUUACAGAUCGGUGACUUGGUAAAUAUAGAUCUUGACCUAGAAAUUGUACAGUCUUUGCAGCACGGUCAUGGAGGCUGGACUGAUGGCAUGUUUGAGACUUUAACUACAACUGGAACUGUUUGUGGCAUUGAUGAAGAUCAUGACAUUGUAGUACAGUAUCCAAGUGGCAAUAGGUGGACCUUCAAUCCUGCUGUUCUCACGAAAGCAAACAUUGUCCGAAGUGGGGAUGCUGCUCAGGGUGCAGAAGGAGGCACCUCACAGUUUCAAGUGGGUGAUCUUGUACAAGUUUGUUACGAUCUGGAAAGAAUCAAACUUCUACAGAGAGGACAUGGAGAAUGGGCUGAAGCUAUGCUCCCAACUUUAGGUAAAGUUGGCCGAGUGCAACAGAUUUAUUCAGACAGUGAUUUAAAGGUGGAAGUUUGUGGAACAUCUUGGACGUAUAAUCCAGCAGCAGUUUCCAAGGUGGCAUCUGCAGGAUCAGCCAUUAGCAACGCAUCUGGUGAAAGACUCUCCCAACUCUUGAAGAAAUUAUUUGAAACCCAAGAAUCUGGUGACCUCAAUGAAGAAUUAGUUAAGGCUGCUGCCAAUGGAGAUGUUGCUAAAGUGGAAGAUUUGCUAAAAAGACCAGAUGUGGAUGUAAAUGGACAAUGUGCUGGUCACACAGCGAUGCAAGCUGCUAGUCAGAAUGGACAUGUUGACAUUUUGAAGUUACUUUUGAAGCAAAAUGUGGAUGUAGAAGCAGAGGAUAAAGAUGGAGAUAGAGCCGUUCACCAUGCAGCUUUUGGAGACGAAGGCGCUGUCAUAGAAGUGCUGCACCGAGGCAGUGCCGACUUGAAUGCUCGCAACAAGCGCCGACAGACGCCGCUUCAUAUUGCUGUCAACAAAGGCCAUCUGCAGGUGGUGAAGACUUUAUUGGACUUUGGCUGUCAUCCUAGCCUCCAGGAUUCUGAAGGUGAUACCCCUCUACAUGAUGCCAUAAGUAAGAAACGUGAUGACAUUCUGGCAGUACUUUUAGAAGCUGGAGCAGAUGUUACCAUUACAAACAAUAAUGGAUUUAAUGCUCUACACCAUGCGGCACUAAGAGGAAAUCCCAGUGCAAUGCGUGUUUUACUAUCUAAAUUACCAAGACCAUGGAUUGUGGAUGAGAAGAAAGAUGACGGUUAUACUGCUUUGCAUCUGGCUGCCCUUAACAAUCAUGUAGAAGUGGCCGAACUGUUGGUACACCAGGGUAACGCUAACCUGGAUAUCCAGAAUGUGAACCAGCAAACUGCCCUGCACCUUGCUGUUGAACGACAGCACACCCAGAUUGUGAGGCUUUUGGUCCGUGCAGGUGCCAAAUUAGAUAUUCAGGAUAAGGAUGGGGAUACUCCUUUGCAUGAAGCUCUGAGGCAUCACACCUUGUCUCAGCUACGUCAGCUCCAAGAUAUGCAAGAUGUGGGGAAGGUUGAUGCUGCAUGGGAGCCAUCUAAAAACACAUUAAUAAUGGGACUUGGUACCCAGGGGGCGGAGAAGAAGAGUGCAGCAUCUAUUGCCUGUUUUUUGGCUGCCAAUGGUGCUGACCUUAGCAUUCGAAAUAAGAAGGGUCAAUCGCCACUUGAUCUGUGUCCUGAUCCAAGUCUCUGCAAAGCACUGGCAAAGUGUCAUAAGGAAAAAGUCAGUGGUCAGGUGGGUUCUCGAAGUCCUUCUAUGAUUAGUAAUGAUUCUGAGACCUUAGAAGAAUGCAUGGUGUGCUCAGAUAUGAAGAGAGAUACUCUUUUUGGGCCAUGUGGACAUAUUGCUACCUGUUCUUUAUGUUCUCCACGAGUCAAGAAAUGCCUCAUCUGUAAAGAACAAGUUCAGUCCAGGACAAAGAUUGAAGAAUGUGUGGUAUGCUCUGACAAGAAAGCAGCUGUUCUUUUUCAGCCUUGUGGACACAUGUGUGCUUGUGAGAACUGUGCUAGUCUGAUGAAGAAGUGCGUGCAGUGUCGGGCAGUCGUUGAACGAAGAGUGCCUUUCAUUAUGUGUUGUGGAGGGAAAAGUUCAGAAGAUGCCUCUGAUGACAUCUCAAGUGGAAAUAUUCCAGUGUUACAAAAGGACAAAGAUAAUACCAAUGUCAAUGCAGAUGUGCAAAAGUUGCAGCAGCAGUUACAGGACAUUAAAGAGCAGACCAUGUGCCCUGUGUGUUUGGAUCGUCUGAAGAAUAUGAUUUUCCUCUGUGGCCAUGGAACGUGCCAGCUCUGUGGAGACCGAAUGAGUGAAUGUCCUAUUUGUCGCAAGGCUAUUGAACGAAGGAUUCUUUUGUAUUAAGAAACUGUGUUUUCUUAGCUGAAGUAUUGGUCAUGAGCUCUUGUAAGCCAUUAAGCUAGUUGGAGGUUCUAAUGAAUUAAUUUUUAAUAUCAUAGUUUCUUUCCUAGGGUGUAAUUAGACUGUAAAUGUGCCAGAACAAAAAAACCUCUACAAGACAGUGUUUGAAGUUGUGGUUUUGUUUCUGUUUCUUUUAAUUUGAAACAUCAAGUUCAUGUAAUUCAUAGGUAAUUUGCUUGUCACUUCUAAGGGGAAAAAUCCUUUAAGGAUCUCCUGUUAUUUUUGUUUUUAUUGCAUUUUUUUCUUAUAGUUUAUAAAUUUGUUAGACCUCAAGAAAUGUAGUUCCUUAUGAUCAGCUAUCCUUCAGUUUAUAUGAUUUUACACAGUGCGUUGACAUAGGUACUCAGAACAGUCAUGCAUUGAAUGAAUGGGGCAAGUCAAACCAUUAGGUCACAUGUGUUAAAUGACAGAAUUAGAAUAUAAGUUAUACAUAGUUAAUACUGCAGAGAGGAUUAUCUUUUUAAGAUAAAAAGUUAUACAGAUGAUUGAUUCUGAAUUUUUAGAGUAAAUGGAAGCAUGGAAUGAGAGAGUAGUGACUUUGCCAUUUAGCUUAAUUUCUAGACUUAAAAGGAAAAUUGUUUAACUUGAACCAAAUUUCAAGAUGAUUAACAUGGAAGGGAAAAGCAAUCAUAGUGGGAUACUGAAGUGGGGGAAGUGGCCAAAAAUGAGUACCUAUUAACUGACCAUUAACAGUUACCUUUCAUAUAUGUUAAUCUAUACACUAUUCUGUUUACCAACCGUUAAAAAAAAAGUCUGUGAAAAGCGUACCUCAGUUUUCCCUGUGGUUACUUAUCCAGACUUAAUCUGACCAGUGAAACAGUGUUGCCCUCUUUGGGCAUCUGAGGUCUCAUGUAGCUUUUCUUGUGUACUGAAUAGUACCCCAGUGAUCUGAGAAGGAUAACGCAUUGUCCCAAAGCAGCAAUCUUUUUCUUGUCCGUAUCUGUUCAUUCUGUCAGUGAUACUGGUUCUGUCUUCAUUAUAAGCCCUACUUCCAUUUUCUUUCAGUUGCUAAGGCUGGUAAGAAAUCACUAUCUUUAUACCAACAGGUGAGGAUAUUUAAAUUGCCAGCAGUAUC